AUGGCAGGCUGUUUUUUCUCCUUUCAACUUAGGUUCUUUCUGGCUUGGGCUGCCUUGGGAACGUGGCUGGAAAACAUCGUAACUGCAAAUCAAGGUAAAAAAAUCAACUAGUUUCCUAAUGAGAGGGUGUCAAUCUAGCGUCUAACGUUGAGUUUUCGUUGUCUUAACCGUACCAAUACGAUCAAAACAGCAGAUAGUUUGUGGAGAGGAGCAUUGACCGUUAAACUGAACGAAUUGCAACCUGUUGGAGAGGUAGCUUCUAACCCAGUCCAGAGCCACGCCACGUAUAUCAUAGUGUUCGAGUUUGUCAAGCAGAAUAUUAUGAUCGACGGUGUCAAAGGCCUUAGAAAGAUCAAGGAAAACGCCAACGACAUGUUCAUUGCGAUCAAGAGCAGAUAGGGAGAUUUUUUCAUAUAGGUCAAUCAAUGCUAACGAAGUUGGGAACUUCCCUGAUUCGGGAAUCCGACUUCCCUUUUCAUUGGGCGAUAGAGGAAUGAAGCAGUCACAUGUUGUGGAACUUAUAAACUAUUUUGAACAACUCUCUCUUUGUAGGUUGCAGCCAAAAUCGACGCCUGAAGUUUUCUCCUCCAGUAAAAGACAAUUAUCUUCAAGGGCACGUCUUCUUUAAUAUUUCUUUUGAAGCCCACAUAUCAUGUGAAGGAGAAUGUCUUCACCGGAAAGAAUGCGUGGCAAUUAACAUUGGUCCAACAAUUAAAGGCAUUAAGGUCUGCGAGUUGUGUAACUCAGAUCACCUACAGCAACCAAGUGAUUUAAAACCAAGACGCGGCUGGACAUAUAGGGGAACAGAGGUAGGCUGAAUUAUAAAUUAUUUGUUACCAGCGAUAGUGCUGUCAUAAUUAUAGAGAUAAUAAUGAUAAGAGUUUAAGAAGGCGAUGAUCUAGCUUGUAUAAUGUUAUAGUGAAUAUUACGAUGAUGAUGAUGAUGAUGAUGACGAUGACGAUGACGAUGACGAAGCCGACGCCGACGCCGACGCCGACACCGACACCGACGCAGAAAAUCUUGAGGAGAGGGAAGUUGACCAAGAUGGUACUUAAAAUUUUUAUAAAGUGAUGAUGACCAAGAGAGAAAAUAGCUCGUUCUCUCUUGUGAUGACAUAUUUAACGAAGAAUUUAUUGAGCAGGAAUUUCUGAAUUGCUACACUUAAAUGCCAAAAAUACAUGGUACGUGGUUUUUAGUAGUCCAGUUUAUGGUGCUUUUGGCCUACAAGCCAAGAUCAGCCAAGUUUUUAGCACAAAUUCUCCUUGAACUGCUUUGUCUCAAUUAAAACCAGCAAUGGCCCCAGCGAGACUGCAACAAAGACGUAUAGGUUUAGCAAAACAACCGGCAGAAAAGACCUGACCGGUCUAUGAAAAGGCAAGGAUGUCCCUGUGGCUAUGAAGAUGAGGCAAGUCAGGAUCCUUGAGUGAAUGUCAUCAGUGUUUCAUAUGGAGCUGAUGUUACAGGACUCCAUUUUUGGCAACAAACAUUUUAGGUUCUAGAAACUGUCAAAUUAUUUAAAUAUGCAAACUCAUAAGACAAACAAUCCCUUAAUUAACUAGUGUUUAUUAUGGGGGAGAUGGACUGCUGAUAUUUUUAUAUGUCAACAGUUUAUCUUUCCGAUAUCAGCUGAAUCAGCAGUUUGCAUUGGUUUUCCUUUAUAAUUAAUUUCUACCUUUAGAGGUAAUUGUAUACAUGUAUGUUAAUGAUGGAAAACCUACAUAGUCUGAUAGUAUAAAAGUAAAGGAAAUCUGUAGUCAAAAGGAGAGAAAGAAAAAGAGAAGCAAGCGAAAGAAAGAAAAACAAGGAUCGAUUUCAUCUCCCAUUUUCCAUCAAAGUGUCGGUUUUUUGAGUUUUUCAGGCAAAAUGGUCGCAUAUCAAGAAUUGUUUUCCGUAGCGACGCUACUAACGAGCUCAGCGCAACCAAAACGACAAAGGAAACGAGAAAAAUAAAAAGAGAAACAGGUUUAAUAAGCAAAGCAAAAACUCUGAACGUGCAGCACACUUUUCGGCAGAUUUUUUUCAUCAUUGCACGACUAACGUUGUCAAACUUGAAUAAAAUGGCAAUGCAAUUGUCGCUUUAACCCUUUCACUGCCAAACGUGGCCAAGGGCGAAAUUCAACAAGAAUUUCCAAAUUUUAUUUUAAAAUUUUGAAAAACAAAUAGUACCAUGUAAAAGUAUAGUUAGAAAGGUUUCUUUUGAAUGGUCAUACUACAGGUUUUCAUCCACAGACUCAAAAGUUAGGACCACCUUACAAAACUCUUUUAUUCACUCUGGCAGUGAAAGGGUUAAUCUCUAUGAUCGUCUCUUCAACAGCGGCGAUCGUCGUGACUUCGAUAUCGUCGGAAAUACCCAGAGGCUUAAUUACGUACCUAGACUGCAAAACAGUCAGUCUUUUUGCUGCAGUUCCCUUCUCGGCUGGUUCGCUCUCUGGAGCUCUGCCAAGCCUCGAUUUGACAUACUGAAAAGGGAACUGCUCGAACUCUACAAAAUAAUAGUAAAAUGUCAUUAAGUCUAAAUUACGCUCUUUUUUCACUAGAAUAUUUGUGUGUACAAACCUUGCUUGAACAAUGGAAAGUGUUUUCUUGGAUACACGGACAAGAAGUUCCUUUGCGAAUGCCAGUCUGGUUACACGGGAGAACUCUGCGAAACAGGUGAUUAUGUGGCCAUCAAACGCAGACAUAUUCAGUCAUGUUUUCGCUUGUGUGCGCCACAAAGAAUCCUUUUUGCAGAAACAAACUGGAAAUACGUCUACGUCUACGUCUCUCAUACACGAAAUCGCCAGCUAGUAAACUAGAAACUUACCGUGGCCCGUUGCUUCGAGAUUCUGCCAGGUGGUGGUGUGUCCGCAGCAAAGUUUUAUCCUGGAAAGCUCCGCCUUGAGGUUAACCUGAGAUCAGGCUCUAUUUUCGUUUCGCUUUGAAAAUAACAUUCUGGCGGGCAAGGCGAAACAAAAAGCGGUAGCCGUUAGAGAGAAUGUAUGAGAACCGCUAAAAUUGGGCCUGGUCUCAGGUUACCUUGAGGUCCAGCUCCUUACCCUUCUAUAUAAUAUUUUUUGAGAGAAAAGGUACCCCUCCCUUACCCAGUACCUUCCACUGACAAAUGGUAUCCCUUUCAAAUACCUAGUUUAGAACUUUUCAUUACUUUUAGCUGCUGUAAAUCACAAAACUGGCCAGGAAAUUGUCUCGACUUUUUCACAGCCAUAAAAUCCUUCUGUUAGCCCUUUUAGGUCCUUUUACAGACAGAAAUGAGACAGAUUUCUCUACCCUCUCAUAUACUUCAAAUAUCGAAAUCCUAACCCUUUUAUACACCUGAAGUCUGGAAAAGGUACCCCUUUCGCAGCCAUUAUAUAAGCCAUUAUAUAAGCCAUUAUAGGGGGUACCCCCCGGGAUUUAUGCUUGCUCUUCUCGCAAUGAGUGAAACAAUCAGUCUUCCCUGAAGCAAUUAGCACGCUACAAAAUUGAUUAUUAUCUUACGCAGGGAAGUAUUUGGGAGCAAGAAAAAAACGGGUGGUGACCCCUAAUCUUUCUUGCGCUCACUACUUCCAAGGGUCUGCUAUGCAGGCUAGGAUGGAAGUCAUGACUGUCACAUAAAUGCGAACUGUACCAACAUUUCUGGCUCUUACUACUGCACGUGCAGGCAUGGCUACCAAGGCAGUGGGAGCAUUUGUAAUGGCAAAACUUGCUGAUAAGUGUCGUGAUAAGAUUUCAUUUAUAUUCAUUUCUUUUUUCUUUUUCUUAUUCAGACAUCGAUGAAUGCGAAAAAAGAAGCCAUGAUUGCCACAUAAAUGCGAACUGUACAAAUACACCCGGCUCUUAUAACUGCACAUGCAGGCCUAGCUACACAGGCAAUGGGAGCAUUUGUAAAGGUAGAAAUUUGCCGGUUAAUUUUUAUGAUGCGCCUUUAAAGAGUCGGGGCUUAUAGGUUCGUUUGGUAGUACUCUCGUUGAUACUCUUUCCAUAGUUAUUCUUACACUUAAAACCAAGAUGGUCACCUGUUACAGACUUGAACAAUGAAAAGUGUUGUUUGGGAUAUACGGACAAGAGGUUCUUUUGCGAAUGCCUGUGGUCUGGGAUAGAAAACAUCUGUGCCCCCGGGGAGGAGGAAUUCCGCAGCAAAGUUUUAUCUUGUGAAGUUCCGCUUUGAGGUCCAGCUCCUUACCUUUCUAUAUAUUUCUUUUGAGAGAAAAGAUACCCCUCCCUUACCCAUGAGUACCUUCCAUUGACAAAUGGUACCCCUUUCAAAUACCCAGUUUGGAACUUUGCAUUACUUUUAGCUGCUGUCAGUGUACUGUCUUUAAACUGUGAAUAAAUCAAAAAACCAGGAAAUUGUCUGGACUUUUUCACAGCCAUAAAAUCCUUCUGUUACUCUGCCCUUUUAGGUGCUUUUACAGAACGAAAUGAGACAGAUUUCUCCACCCUCUCACAUACUUCAACUGUUAAAAUCCUAACCCUUUCAUCCACCUGAAGUCUGGAAAAGGUACCCCUUUUGCAAUUCGGGCGAAGCUUCCCCGUAUAAGCCAUUACAGGGGGUACCCCCCAGGAUUUAUGCUUGCUCUUCUCUCAAUGAGUGAAACAAUCAGUCUUCCCUGAAGCAAUCAGUGUGCUACAAAAUUGAUUAUUUUCUUGCGUUGAAUGUCUAGGUUUAUAAACGAUGUACGAGGUUGGUUGCUUGUAUUGUUUUCUUUUCUUUUUUUUAGACCUGGACGAAUGCAAGGAUAAAACUCAUCAGUGUGGCGUAAAUGCGAACUGUACCAACAUUCCUGGCUCAUAUAACUGCACGUACAGGCCUGGCUACACAGGCAAUGGGCGCUUUUGUGAAGGUAAAAAUUUGGGAAGACCUUGGAUAACAAUGACCUCAACAGGCGCUGGGGUCAAUUUAAUAAAACUUUUACUCGUGUAAUUUACAAGUAUAGCUUUUGUUCUCAGACUCUAAAACAAUAGCUAUGAGUUUUAUUAAAUUGACCCAAAGUUGUGGCGUCCAGUGGUUUUAGUAAAAACAAGGGUUUAGGUGGAAAGCCCAGUCUCGCGGGCUCAUAAAACCUAGUCUCGGUCAUUCUCAUUGACACGCCUUUAUAGAGUCGGGGCUUAUAGCUCCCUUUGGUAGUACUCCCUUUGAUACUCUUUCCCUAAUUACACUUACACGGCUUAAAAAACCAAGAUGGUCCCCUGCUAAAGCACUAAGUGCUCGAUCUCAGCGAUCUUAGGGAAGCAGGGUUGAGUGCAAAAUCUUUCUUGUGAAAAUGACUUUUAUUUGCAUGAUAAUAAAAAAUCAUUUUCAUAUCGCACUUAGCCUCGCUUGGAAAUAGAGGCUUAGAGCAACUGUUGGUUCGUAAUUUACCCGGGAAAGAUUACAGGCGGGCUUUCUAACGGUAGAGCAGUUUUGGAUUAGUGACUGCAUAUAUGCAAAAGAAGUAAGGAACCUAAACGCAGAGCUCAAGUUCACUUGGAGGAUUCUUGAAAGCAAAUGAGCCGCAGUAUUUAGUAAGAAUUGUUGCAAGCAUUUAUGAUAAUAAAUGUAACUGUUUUCAUAUACGAGCCUCUCGGCGAGUAACUGCGGACGUCGUUUUCGUCGCCCUUUUCUCAUCAAAUCGUCGGCUUUUCAACCAAAUCGUCGCAUAUCAAUAGUUGUUUUGCAUGGUAACGCUACUAGGGAGCUCGAACAACCACAAUGACGGCAAUGUAACGUGAAAAUGAAAAAAAGCUUAAGCAUGCAACAGGUUUGACUGAUAAACAGAAAAAAAUACCUGAACGUGCAGCACACUUUUUGGCAAUUUUGCUUGCCAUUGUUGCACGAGUAACGUUGUCAAACUUUAUCGAAAUGGCAAUGCGAUCGUACCUUUAGCCCCCGUCCAGACGUAUCCGGGUAUUUUUGAAUCCGCAAAUUUUUCUUUGCGGAUUCAAAAAUUUGCACGUCCACACGUAUCCGUAUUCAAAUCGAAUUUGCCCGUCCACACGUAUCCGGAUUCACUCUCAGUUCGUCAGCUAAUUUGUAAAGCGAUCUUCGACUCACGCGAAAAUUUUAAAUCGCCAGUCUGUUUCACUAAUAAAAUUGUCCCAUCAAGCACUAUAUUUCACGAUUUCUUUUUUAAGGUGGUCUUAGUGCAUCAAGUAUUCUUGGCAACGACAGUAGGUACUUGGAGAAUUUGAAGUUGUUUUUAGAGCCCGUGAUCAAUAGCUCAGUCCGUAGUAGGUUUGUGAGGUGUUGGCACGCUAAAGAGGACGGCUGGGCGGCGUCUACGUUCCACGGCAACUGUGAUGACAAGGGACCUACUGUAACUAUCAUUCAAGUCGGCAGUUUUAUAUCUGGUGGAUACAGUGACGUAUCAUGGAAAGUUCCUGGUGAGUACACGUACCAGGAGAAUUAGGACUUGUCUUUUUUUGGUUUGCUAACAUUGAAGAACGAUAAAGUGGUACAGCGGCUUUUGGCUUGAGUACAUUUACUGUUAAAAAAGGGAGGGAUGUUUUUCUGCUUACCUACAACUCAAGGCGAGAAAGUAAUUCCUUAGCAAUCAGAAUUGGUCAUUUUCAUGAUGACGUCACUUGAUACAACUACCAGAAAAUGGUUUUUCUCUAAUUCACCAUUUAAAUAACAAUUAUUCACCGAAGUGGAGGUGGCUAUCCGCGACUAGCCACCGACACUGAGGUGAAUAAUUGUUUUAGUAUAUACUAAAACAGUGAGAUAAUUGAGGACAAAAAUGAUGAUUUUUAACUCAAAUACUGUUGCCAACGAUUACAAUUUUGGCGCGUAAUGACCGGGCGGCCGCGGCUGUCGCUUUUUCUUGUCGACAAUUAAAACUUUUGAAGGCAUUUGUUUAGCUCUUGCGGGGAAAUGUCUUCAAAAGGAGUUGUGAAUUCUUUUUAUAUUUAAAAUCAUUCUAUAAAAAAAGAUUAUUAAAUUUAGUUUUAAGCUUAUUUAUGAACAAGUCAACUAAAUAAAGUAAAUUCGUGUCAAAAAGACAAAGCUUUACCUGUUAAAACUUCCAAUCCGAACUUCGUCACCUUCGUGUAUUUCGGAAACAGCUUGCUUGACUAGUUGUGAAAUUUCUUUGUUUGUUUACGGCAGCAAACCGGGAAGGCAUUUUGCUCGCAACUUACGCGAGGUUGGCGUCACUCGCUCGGAGGAACUGGAGGUGAAUCAGUGAAUAGUGCAGGAUAUUCAUUGAUGGAGUAGCCAAUCAGAGCGCGCGAAAAACACUAUCCACUGUUUUAGUAUAUACUAAAUAGCAAUUAUUCACCGAAGUGGAGUUGGCUAGUCAUGGUAUUUACCGAACUGCGAAGCAGUGAGGUAAAUAUCCACGACUAGCCACCGACACUGAGGUGAAUAAUUGUUUUAGUAUAUACUAAAACAGUGAGAUAAUUGAGCACAAAAGGGAUGAUUUUUAACUCAAAUACUGUUGCCAACGAUUACAAUUUUGGCGCGUAAUGACCAGGCGACCGCGGCCGUCGCUUUUUCUUGCCGACAAUUAAAACUUUUGAAGGCAUUUCUUUAGCUCUUGCGGGGAAAUUUCUUCAAAAGGAGUUGUGAAUUCUUUUUGUAUUUAAAAUCAUUUUAUAAAAAAAGAUUAUUAAAUUUAGCUUUAAGCUUAUUUAUGAACAACUCAACUAAAUACAGUAACGCAAGACUUAAACUUAAUUUGCAUUUGUAAACAAAAAACUUUUUCACCGGUUUUAUCGAUAAAUUCGUGUCAAAAAGACAAAGCUUUACCUGUUAAAACUUCCAAUCCGAACUUCGUCACCUUCUUCGUGUAUUUCGGAAACAGCUUGCUUGAUUAGUUGUGAAAUUUCUUUGUUUGUUUACGGCAGCAAACCGGGAACGCAUUUUGCUCGCAACUUACGCGAGUCUGGCGUCACUCGCUCGGAGGAACUGGAGGUGAAUCAGUGAAUAAUGCAGGAUAUUCACUGAUUCAGUAGCCAAUCAGAGCGCGCGAAAAACGCUAUCCACUGUUUUAGUAUAUACUAAAUUAAAUUAUCCCGGUCAGGUUUAAAUCUUUUAAGAAUCGAUUUUGAAAUACAUUUUAAGAGCGAAUGCACAGAAAAAUCGAGCAAAAUCGGCAAAUCGUGGCCACAGCUCAAAACCUAACUUACCCUCAUUUUCAGUCUGUAAUAAGGUUUUAAUGAGUUUAUAACACUGCCGAGGUUUAAAUUUCAAAAUGCGGCCGAGUUUGGGAAUUAUGUGAGAUUUUCGAUUUAAACGGUCUGCGGGCCUGAAAUUAGCCGCCGAACAAGGCAAUAUAGCCUAGCGACAGAGAUGAGCUGACUUUCAUAAACGAGCGAAUAUAUUGGCAAUCUUCCACUUAAAUCUCAAAAAGCAGAUAUCUAACAAUUUCUGAACGGCACAUUUUUUAGAUUUAGAGUAUAAAAUAUCGACGAACCAGCAGAAUUUUGAAACGUAAUUUGCAUAAUGCUUAUAAAUACAACAAUUUACCGCUAAAACCAAAAUCGAAUUUUCUAUAUGGGGGAAUUCUCCAAAUCACCCCAAAUCCCGGUUACUACCCAAUGAGAUAUAGUACUUCAACAUUAUCUGAAAGUUAGUCUGGUGUUCUUGCGAACGCUUGUAAAAUAGAUUGAUUAUUUUGAGGUUAUUUUGCCCCAAACAACCGCUAAUUGACCCCAGGGUCAAUUGACACGUGCACGUCACCUUAGUUUUAUGCAUCGAUUUGAGCUCGUUAAAAGGGAGAAACUAACAAGAUUCUUUUAAUAUGUACCUGUUUUAAUGAAAUGCACGCAAUCUUCAAAAGGAGAGGCCGUUCAAUGGGUAAUUUCUGUUCUUGAGAUCUUGUAGAUUGCAGCAUGGCGUCUGCGAGUGGACCUGAGUCUAGGUCUGUUUUCCCGUGACUGCGAAAUCAGAAUAACAUCAAGAAAUAAUUCUCCCUCGAAUCUUCGUAAGUGAAUCAUCUUUGCAGUGCCUUACCUGAGAUAAAAAGUGGCCCGAAUAGGAAAACAUUUCUAGCGUAAUGUGGAUCCUUUGUGGAACGCAGUGUAUUGCUGAGCGAAAGGUGAGUAAACAAACGUGGGAAAGUACGUUACCUUUGAUUGCGUGACCAGCCAGUAAACGAUAGUCUCCAGCGAAAAAUAGGAUUCGCAAAAAUCUUGCUGAUGUAUAUUUAACAGUUUGUUACUAUAAAUUUACAGCUGGUUUGUCUGAAACUUUAAACAAUGCAUAUGUGUCCAAGAGUAUAUAAAGAAUGUUUCGAAAGAUCCACCCCUAAGUAACUGUGGGCUACUCCUUUUUCCCCAUCACCGAUGUGCACUUCCUUCCCACUGUCUUUUGCAUGAGGCUUAUAUGCCUUUUUAACUGUUAUCGACACUUAAAACUGGCCGUUUAAGGCCUGGUUUAAGAACUUGACUGACUUAAAAAACCGUCGCGAACAUGCCCUGUUAUUGUUUGACUUUGGAAGCUUUAAGCCCAAAAUGAUGGUGCAAUCUCGAGAAAUUUGCCCGAGUCUAAUUAUAAGGGAACGGGUACUAAGAAAGGGACGGUCUCAUUUAGCAACCCGUGGAUAAUCUGAACAUGCUUGCCUUCUGUCGCAGGGGCAACCGUUAAGGCCAGGUACGCCGCCCCCACCCGAGAGGAUUGCAUGGCAUCCACCAUUUCAGUCGCUUUUUCCACAUUAUGACCUUCAAUUAUCAUGAAUUAUAAUGCGGGCCUUGAUCGUUGCCACCUUACCAGAAGUCUAAUCUUCGCUCUGUUAGACCAUGAGAAUCUCUAUUAUUAUUCCAUAAAUGCACCACUGACUUUUUCUUGCUCAGCGUCCGGUAAACCGAUACUCCGAAGCAAAAAUAUCUUUACAAACACUCUAUCCAGGCCAGAACUCCUGAUAUCAACAAAUAUACCCCCCCUAAAGAGAGCAAACGUUCCCCGAACUACUCACUUGACCCACCCCAUCCCUUCGUUAAGAAAAACUACGUACUUAGUCCACUGGACAAAACGCGCUCGUGAAUAUAUCAAACAAUAGCCGUUCAUCCUACAAGCAAUCUCAGUUUCAGCAGGCGUGGCCACGUUUCCAGUUGCUGUAAGAUUAAUUCGACACCUGCAACAAACACUGUAAAUUGAAUAGCAGCCACAACGCCCUUCCAUGAAACCGUCAGGACGAGAAAGUUUAUAAAAGACUUAACAGGUGUGCGCGACGGUUUUCUUCCUUCCCUCCCAUUGUAGCACCCAAAUUCUGACCCUGAUAUUGGGCGCGAUCCAUUCAACCAAACUUUCCGGAAAUUUCGGUCCAAAACUCAAUGGAUCGGUUCGGUCCAACCGGAAAAGUUUCGAAAAAACGGGUCCACCUUUUGAGGUGGUCCUCUUUUCCAGGUCGGACCGGUUGGAAUUUUGGUUGAAUGGAUCGCGCCCAUUAAUUCCAGUAGUAAUCAAUCGUUCCUGAGCCGAUAGGCAAAAGGAUACCAGUUUCUUGCAAAAUAUGCUGUGACAUCCGUUUGCUCAUCCCCCUUUCUGCCUUCCGCCGCUGAUUAGGUUUGGUUCCCGUGUGCUUUGAAAUAACUUUAGGAACGAAACAUGAUACGUGAGGGGCGUGUCCGGCUAAGGGCAAGUGACUCUCAGUGGUGAAGACAUAUGCUGAGCUUGUCAGUAUUUCGUAGCCUGUACCACGUCGCGAAAAUAGAACAAGCCAAAGAAAAAUAGGACGCCUUUCUUUCCCCAGCUCCCGCAGGUUUUUCGCAUUACUUUUUACUGCACAACUGAUUGUACCUUUUCGAGCCGGAGCGAACAUUGACGCCCUUGGGGUUAAGUUUCCACUUCAUUUUCGGCACCUGACUAAACGCAAGCGCUGACUUGUGCGCCUAUGCUUCGUUUGCACUGAAGUAGCAGUAUAUGACCACGACAGACUUGCUGCUAUCCUUGGUUUGAAACCGCAAUGGGCAAGAACAAUUUCUUGAAAAGAGCAAACUAUUUCCUCCUUAGCAGACAUGGAGAACAACUACUAGGACUUAAGAAAUGCCAUUGCUUAAGUCCUACUAGACUUGAAAAGAGAAAGCAUGAUGCUUUCUCUUUUUAAUGAUUUACGGCUAAACAGUACAAUUUCAUGUAGCUUUUACGCAAAAUUAAAUACUUAGUUGUUUGCAGAAUUGCAUUUAACAACAAAUUACAGAAAUUUAACUAAGUUUAGAUCUCACAGAUAAGAAUUGCACGGAAAAAACUUUUGGGGUAAAAAAAGUCAAAAAAUGUUUGCUGGAAAAUCACUUAUGGACAUACAAUAGCAGAGAUAUCAUGCCUGUAAUUUUCUGUUCAAUGCACCUUAUGACAAGUCUGACUAAUCCACUGGUAACCCAUGCCUUAAAACCGCCGUGAACCUCAAAAUUUAAUCCAUUUGCCUUUCAUGCGUAGCGCAAAUAUAUCUUCUGAACACUCCGGGGUUGGGGGUAAAAUCAGAAGAACAGAACAUUCAGUUACUGUACCAUCUUUAAAAGUGGGACAGUAUGUUUGCUAAUCAUCUUAGUUAAUCGCUUUUAAAAUAGGACAAAAGGACACCUGGUCAUACAGGAAAAUGAAUUUAAUGUAUCCCGAAAGCUUUGGUUUCCCGUGCACUUCUUUUUCGCAGGAGACAAUCGAUAAUUGCCUGGUCACGCAAUCGGAGGUGAGUAACUAAUUAACAGUCAUUGAUACCAUCGCCGCUUAGCAAAUACACUACGUGCUGCAAAGGAUCCAAAUUGCGCUAGAAUGUUUUCCUAUUCGGCCCACUUUUUAUCUCAGGUAAGGCACUGCAAAGCUGAUUCAUUUACGAAGGUUCGAGCGAGAAUUAUUUCAUGAUGUUAUUCUGAUUUCGCAGUCACGGGAAAAAAGACCUAGACUCAGGUCCACUCGCAGACGCCAUGGUACAAUCUACAAGAUCUCAAGAACAGAAAUUACCCAUUGAACGGCCUCUCCUUUUGAAGAUUGCGUGUAUUUCAUUAAAACAGGUACAUAUUAAAAGAAUCUUGUCAGUUUCUCCCUUUUAACGAGCUCAAAUCGAUGCAUAAAACUAAGGUGACGUGCACGUGUCAAUUGACCCUGGGGUCAAUUAGCGGUUGUUUGGGGCAAAAUAACCUCAAAAUAAUCAAUCUAUUUUACAAGCGUUCGCAAGAACACCAGACUAACUUUCAGAUAAUGUUGAAGUACUAUAUCUUAUUGGGUAGUAAGCGGGAUUUGGGGUGAUUUGGAGAAUUCCCCCAUAUAGAAAAUUCGAUUUUGGUUUUAGCGGUAAAUUGUUGUAUUUAUAUGCAUUAUGCAAAUUACGUUUCAAAAUUGUGCUCGUUCGUCGAUAUUUUACUCUCUAAAUCUAAAAAAAUGUGCUGUUUAGAAAUUGUUAAUAGCUGUUUUUUGACAUUUAAGUGGAAGAUUGCCAAUAUAUUCGCUCGUUUAUGAAAGUCAGCUCAUCUCUGUCGCUAGGCUAUAUUGCCGUGUUCGGCGGCUAAUUUUAGGCCCGCAAACCGUUGAAAUCGAAAAUCUCAAAUAAUUCCCAAAUUCGGCCGCAUUUUGAAAUUUAAACCUCGGCAGUGUUAUAAACUCAUUAAAACCUUAUUACAGACUGAAAAUGAGGGUAGGUUAGGUUUUGAGCUGUGGCCACGGUUUGCUCGAUUUUUCUGUGCAUUCGCUCUUAAAACAAAAGUCAAUGAUAAAAAAGAAGCUUAUCUUCAUGUCAUCGUUAUCAAAGAGAGUAAAUACUUCCACGAAUCAUGUUAAUUUCAUAGAACGGUUUUCACUUGACUGUCGUAAAACCAAAACCAAAGUAAAUACACUAGCCAACCAAAGGGCGUAGUAAAACCAAAACCAAAACCAAAACCAAUCCCUUUCGACAGUCAAGUGAAAACCGCUCUAUCUUUUGAUAAUGAUGACAUGAAACCAUCGAAACGUCAAGUUACUUUUUUAUCGUUGAUUUGAGCUUUAAAUCACAACAUCAAUAAGCAAAAUCUUGCAAAAUUUGGUUUCGCCCUGUCCUUACAAAAACCUAUUAAGGGGCCACUCUACAGGAGAGGAGGCCUCUGGUCCGCCCAGCCUAAUUUUACUGAAUUAUCUUUAAAGUUCUCUAACUAUGCACUGCGGACUCUUUUUAAUGACGAACUACCCCCGGGUCACGGUAAUCAGAAGGAUAAAAAGGAAAUAUUUUCCAUUGUAAAAAGCUAAUGUUGUAGUCACAUUCAUGAACAUUCAUGACCAAAAUUACCUUUAAAAGCUAAAUGAAACACAGAAUCAAGUGGUUCAGCCAUAGAGAGGUUGAAAAAAAAUGUAUCAGAUACAUGUGUGAUACCAUCUGUCAUUUGUAUUUUAUGGACUUCAAGUAGGUUUCAGGCUCUGUCAUGAUUUGAUAGAUCUGAAUUCAGUUACCAUUCUAGUUUGCAUAAAUCUCUUUUCGGGACAAAAACCCUGCUCUUUUCUACCAACACUGAGGGAUUCCAGUUUAGGGAGAGCUCCCUUUCUCCUCAUCAUGGAAGUUUGUUACACUUCUAAAACUGCCUAAUUUUCUAGAAUAAUUUUCUCCUGCCCCACUAAUUUCAAAGUUACUACAGUGUCAUUACUGUACUCAGCAAGACAACAAAUGGAUGUGUGGCUCAUGACACAUUUUUAGGAACUUUGAAAAAUUUAUACAAAUACAGCAAAUUUUUAAAAAUACAGUAAUGCAUGGAUUGUCUAGGGAUGUUUGUAUGUCAAGCCGGACUUGCAUUCACUAUUUUAAACUGAAGUCCGGGUCAUUGAAUAUUCCUAAAAGUUAAUUUUUUAUGAGCGCCUUUAGUAAGGUCAGUAAGAAUUGUAAAAAAUGUCGUCAUUAUUUCACAGUUGAUGGUUGUCAGUAUGGAUAUUCAAGUAAAGCCUUUAUCUACUCACUGACCAAUAACAAUGGUUUUGGACACGCUGUGUACAAUCCUGUUAAGCUGCGAGUCAAGCCUGAUAUGUACAACACAGCUGUAUACAGGUGUGAUUCAUGGGGACCAAGAUUUGGCUGGAGUGAUAUUGCCAUAUCAAACAACGCUGCUAGUAACCAGGAUUCUGUUACUUUUUGUGGCAGGAGAUACCCCCUCCCCCCAGGGUAUUCUUUAUCUGGUUUUGACUGUAAAUUCUAUGCUGGAAGCCACCGAUUCACGCCAACAGAUAUCGAAGUAUUCUAUGAAACAACCACAUAAAGAACUGUAUCCUGAGCUUUUGACUUUGUGCUUUUCAUUGUUGUUGUUUGUUUGUUUAUGAUGAUAUGACUUUAAUGUAACGCAAUUUGAGCUUCUCCGCAUCCUUCGAUCCAGUUUUUCCUCUUCUAUACUUCCCAUCAUCGCUCGCGCCCUUAUCCGUCCGCUCCGCUGGGGACCAAGCCUUCUUCUUUCACUUUAGGGUCUCUGUGGGUAGGUAAGACAGGUAACAUUAAUAGUAGCACCAGCAUAGAUAACACGCCAAGAGAAACAGAGCUGCUGCUUACUAUUAUCAGAUAACGGUGAUAGAAAAACCUCAUUGAAGCAAUGAGAGAGAUGGUGUCUUUUUAUUAGCACUCUGAUUCGCAAGGUAUAAAUUAAAAGGUAAACGUAAUUUUGAAAGAUGUACCGAUACCAAACCAGAUUUGCCUGAAAAGUGUCGAUACUUGAGAAUGACACUAUUGAUAUCGUAUCGAACAUUCCAGUAUCUUUCAUAUACCUUGGUAAUGGUCCGCCUUUCAGUAGACAGUUAUCAGGGGCACCCAACGACGGUUUCCUUCUAAAUACAUUGAAACACUUCUAGGCUAUCCAGAGUACCGUUUAGAAGCAUUUUAAGCGGCGCUGUGAGAUUUGUAUCUAUUCGGCCAUCCUAGGGAGACUUGAGUCUUCUCGAAAUUACACGAAGGGCUUGAGUAUUAAUUUCCCAAAAUUUUAGAUGAAAUUUGACGUAAUACGAAAGUGAGACAUUUUCUAAUUCUUCUCUCCAUCACAUUUUUGAAUCCGAAAAUUUUAGGUUUCCUUUUUUCUACGAAAAAUAGCCUAACUUGGGAGGUAAAAUGUGAAACUUGAACUUUAGGAAAUCGUAGGAAAUUAAUGAGAUAAGCUUCGAAAAUUGUACGUGAAUGGAACGGUCAUCUAGAAAUUUUUUAGCCGUCAUCAAGAAAUAGAAAAUUCUCGUCAAUAUUUGCUUCUCCGAACAGAUAUUUUACAUGAAACAGUCGUUAAGUGCCCCUGAGUUAUAUCACUCGCAAAUAUAUAAGGGAUUUUAAAAAUGUCAGCAUUUUUCAUUCAGUUCUCUCUUGUAUCUGUUAUGUUAUCACGGCGGGCACAAAGAACUCAAAAAGCUCUAAGAAGGAACACAUCAAAAACUUACAAUUUUUUCUGAACGCCCGCAACGAGUGCAAAGUGGGAAAGGAUGCACUCACCACUCUAUGAUUGAUUUCAGAGGCGGAUCCAGAAAAUUUUAAUAACGGGGAUCCAACUUGUGCACACUGGUGAACCCAAUAACUUACUUCGUUAGUACAUCAUUUCAAACCGUUACACAUUCCUUUCUACUGCGAAGAACCUUGCUUCCAUGAUACGCGAUAUUCUAAUCGUGCAGUGCCCAGCUUUGAAGCAGCAUUCGUCUCUUGAGUUAAGUGAUAGAAUAUACUUUUGUCCAGAUUUCGUUAAUUUUAAGUCAUUAAGUCCCCUCCCUCUGGAUCCGCUACUGGGUUUAUUUUGAUUUUCCUAGAGGCAAACAACCACUUACCUGAACCCUUUAAGUCCCAAUAGUGACCAACAUCAAUCUUUUCCCAAUGAUAUCCCUACAUUGUCAAGAGACUAGGUUAUGAGAAUUAAUAAAAUAAUCACCUAACAGAAAAUGCUUUGAUCUUUUGUCAAAUUCUCUUAACUCAUUCUUUAAGGAAAUAUAUAGAGAUCAGUUUGGAGAAUUUGUAUGUGGAUAUUGGGGCUUAACGGGUUAAGUAAGGUUAAGCAAGGUUCUUGAACACCAUAAAAUACGUGGGGAAACCAUCAAUGGCCCCGCGAAACAUCGGCUGUUUUCUCAGCUUUAUAGAAAAAUACUUUUCCAACUUUACGGCAUGUUAGUUGACUGAUGACACUCAUUAGUUUAAUUCUCUUUUGUUAGCCCAUGGUUUUUACCAGAAAAGUAAAUUUCGUUAGUCGGCAUUUUUAAUGUCACCUGAUCGCGUUUGACUGAAAUAUGAAAAUUCAGGUCAUAUUUAAGUUGACGUGAAAACACGGUGUUCGAACAAAAGAAAACCAGGGAUAGAAAAAGCAACUGUAAACAGCUUAAUUGUAUAUCACUUCUAGUGUUAGGAACCUUAAGUCUCAAGGCUUAACGAGGCAGCGUGGAUAGAUUUACAGGACGUUAGAGACUGUACAGCAUGCUUUAUUCCAGUGGCGUUUUAUUCUGCAGCUCGCUUUUUUAGGAAAAGAAUCCUAGGUACUUCUGCCAACGAAAAAGUAAGGGAAAUUUGUGCGCUUGAUGUAGAAAUUAGUAGUAAAGAGCAGGGCCAAAGCUCAUGAACUGGUCCUGUGUUAAUUCCUGGCUGAACUAAUUACAUUCCUGAUCAGUCCUCGGCGUCCUGGUGCUAAGCCACACUUACUCCUGUUUUAUAGAAACCUUUUUAAGAAUAUCCUAAUAGCAGAGCAAAGCCAAGGCUGAAGUUCAGUCUCGAACAUUGUCGAUUCCUCCAAUUUCAACGUGAGGAAUAUAGAAAAAUUGCUAUAAAGACUGCUGUACGUGUUUGGCUGAACAUUGUGUGCACUGUUGCCUCUCCUGAGGUCACUCUUAGCCUCUCAAAACACGAGGAAAUUAAAAGUCGUCCAUACAAUGUUUUCAAAAUGUAAUUUAAAAACAUCUAAGAACGUUUUGAGGCUCAAAUUGCCUCAAAAAUAAGCAAGUUCAGUCUUGGCUCAGUCUCAGGUCAAAAUUAGGCGUUCUUACAUGGAGGGUCCCCAUUCAAUCUCGUCAUCUUGAUCCAAAUAUAAAAAAGGUGUACCGUAUUUAUUCGAUUAACCGCCCUGAGCGCUUAUUAAAUUUUUGGACCUUGAGCGUGGGCGUUUAUUUUAAAAAUUUUCACCAUUUUCAGCAACUGUAGUAAUGUUUAUUUUGUAACAAAACAAAAUGAAAGCAAGGUUUCUGUAAACUACUCUGAAGAAAACUCCGUCUUUAGGGAAGUCAGUAAGUGAGUUCUCUGGUGCUGCCUCCUGGAUGUCCGAAAUCGUAAAGCCGGCAAAUGGGUUAAGUGCCCGAGAAGCAGAUACAGCUUGCUGGAUGGAUGUUAGGUGGUGGCUUAUUUGAGGUUGGGCACUUAAUAACUUUUUCUGCCUUUAGGAUAGGCGCUCAUUCGAGGCGGGCGCUAAUUCGAGGUUGGGCGCUUAUUCGAACAAGUACGGUAUGUAAAUAGUCAACCGGUCAGCCUCACAGCCGGUUGGGAUGUACAGCCAGCACUACGAUAAAUUUUGUUUCCAUUUUAUAGUUGGAAUUUGCAGUGUCUUUUGCUUCAGCUUUCAGGCUCAGUUCCUGUCUGAGAAAAAUUAGAAUAGAAAAAAGCAAAGAACAAAAUGGAAUCUUGCAACCCCACUGAGCCCAAGAGUUGAAGCUUCGACACUUUGAAACUUGUUCAUUACUAUACAAUAUUUCUUAGCUACGUAUAUUGCAUAAUGUAAUAGGAAAUUGUGUAGGCAUUUUAAUAAAGGUAAUUCAAGGUUUGUAGUUCGCAAAAGGCCAUUUAAUUUUUGAGUUACCUGGGCCUCUGUAUAAAAACGAGGUUAAGUGCUCAGCCUUUGAUAUGGAAAUGAUUUAUGCAAAAAACACUCAUUUUCACAAGAAAACUUGUGCACUGGGCCUCAUUUUGAAAGUGAGGGUUUUUGGAACUCGUAAGUGGCCUAUAACUGCGUUUUUUGUAAGAGUCAGUACACACGCAAAUGUCCGCCAGGUGGAGAGUUUAAUAAGGGACUUCAGCAAUGCGGGGAGACAUGAACAUUUCUUCAUUUCGGCAACAGGCAUUAAAUCACGCACGGACCUAGCGCAGACUGCUUGAACGAUCGAAGAAAUCGAGACCAGGUGGACUCGCGCGUGUGUGCAUCAACACUUUUGUGGACGGCUUAUAUAAAGUGUUAUGCCUUUUUUAACCCAAUGCCUAAGAAAAUGCAUUCACGCGAUGCCCUGCACAAAUCCAAAGCGGCCCUUUGGUUGGUUAUCGAGUUCAAAGGAAUGUUUUUUCCUCAUAAAAUGCGCAUGAAAAUGUGCAUCUCUGUGAUUCGUUGGUUCAGUUUAAAAUGAUAAUGUGGUUGAAGGAAUUUAUAGUUUCAACACAAUCUGUGGUACUGCAUCGGUGAGAGAGACCGACUCACAAAAAAAAGUUUCAUCCAUUGAGUUUAUAAAAUCAAGUCACCAACGAGAAGACUCUUUGAAAGCUGAUGUUUGGAGCAGGGCCCAUAAAGGUAUAUCCGCCCUGGUUUCGGGCGCUUGCCCCCCGCUCUGGGCAAGGGCAAACAUUCGAAACAGAGGUACUCAUUGCAGACCAGUCACAGAGCUGCUUUAAAAUGGCGCAGGUCAACUGUUAUGAAGAAUGCCUGUUAAUUAGGUAACAAAAGGUACUUAUGAUUAGCUUGCUGCUGUGUUAAACCAGCCUUAAGUAUAAAGUAACUUUCGGUUGUAGCUUUUGUUCAUUAUUGUACGUUCUUUGCCGUCAGUUGUUUAACCAACUGACUUUGAAACUUUAAAAUUAAAGUGAGUUCUGUGUAUGGUAGUCAACCCAAGUUGUCUAGUGUUGUGGAAUCCAGUUUAACUUGAGACCUUUUCCUUGGCUUCUAUAGUCAAGAUUUUGAUUUGCGACAACAAUCUCAAUGGUCGCUUGAGAAAGCAGCCAAAAUUUGGGGACGCCACCACUGAUUUCUUCCUAAAAUGACGUUUGGAAGUGACUGCAGAAAUUUCAUACUGGCGACGUCCUGUGUCACUACCCAGAUCUGAAUAGUGCUUCUGAUUGCAAUUUUCCCUUGGUUCUCGACCAAUCAGAAGCACUGCCCAGAACUGGGUAUUGGCACCUCAACAGUAUGAAAUUUCUGCAGUCAUUUCUCAGACGUCAUUUCACAGGGAAACCAGUGGUGAUGUUGAAAAAUGUCGGCUGUUUUCUCAGGCUAUCUGAUGGUUGUUCAGUUCAGUUGAUGCAAGGUUGUGAUGCAGCUGGGUGUAGCCAUGUGGGUAGUCACAGGCCUUGAUGUAGACACAAGCAGCUGCUCCUUUCCUAUAUAAUGGCCCUAUUUCUAUGGAGACAAAUUGUCAUGGGUAGAAGGGACAUUUCCUUACAAAAUGUGGUGAACUGUUUACGUGAGAAACAAAAAGUUAGCCUCUCGCUUGAAGGGUGACCCGCCCAGCCGAAGGGAGGGUGGGUGACCACAUUUCUCUACCACAAUGAUUUUGUACACUCCUAAAAAUGCAACAAUGCAUGAGCCAAAUAUAAAAGGAGGUCUGUCACGAAAAUUUACCCAAAUUCAGCCACUAGGACCUACAUGUAUGAACUGGUCACCAAAGUGGGCUUGAGACGUACUGAUAACAGCUUUUAUUAUACAACGUGACGUAACGACUUCUCCUCUCCAUUGCUUGAUUAGUUAAGCGGAGCCCCAUAGCUUAGAAAAUUUGGAAAUCAAUCCAUUCAAGAAAAUUUGGUUAUGACGACCGAACGUUGACCCUACAGACUCUGGGAGAGGGGGAAGGGAGUCAGGAGUCGGCCCUUCGGGGGAGGAGUAUGUUAUAGCUGGGGUAAAAUUUUGCAUUUAAAGCACCCCUGCUCGUUUCGGUGGUAAAACACAUGGCCGACCGGACUUUUGAAGAGAAAAAAACAAACAAGCAAAAAAAAAAGACUUUCUUUCCACUAAAUUUUAAUGUCUACAUUAACCUGGAUAUUAAGAAAACAGCUGGAGCGAGAAAUAAAUAACAAUGGAGACCAAUUUCGUUGGAAGAAAAAGAUGAGAAUUAUACACAGCGGCAGUGAGAAAAUGAGAAAUGCUAGCAGCUACCAAGGUGAAAAUGAGCGGGAGUGAAAAAACAGAGUAAACAGGAGCCCAAAUAUUUUCUCCAUAAAACGUGUAAAUAGGAAGUUAAAAGAAGUUUCACGCUUUAGUCGUGCAAAACAACGGCGAGGAAAUGUACAAAAAGUGUGCUGCACGUGCCUGGCUAAUGAGAACAAAAAGUGUUCCGCACGUGUAAAGUUGUUUCUGGCUAAUUAGAUCCAUUGUUGUUGUUUUUUACCUUGUCUUUAGUAUUAGUUGAUUUUAUAUUUUCUUUGAGGAAACUUUAAAUAUUAAAGAGAGCUUCGCUUUUAGCCCUGGCUAAAUCUAUAAAUUAAAACACUUGAUUAUGGGGAGUUUAGUAAUAGUUGACACUACAGCUGCCCCCACUCUGUAUUUUCUCGGUCAUAGUAGCUUUGUUUUUUGUGUAGCUCUUUGAAAUAUACCGAUUCGUAUUGAGGGUUUUCACACAUAAAACAUACAAUAGCUGAAAUAAAAGCAGAAAACGCAAGAUUCCAUGCACUGAGUCAGGUCGAUCAUUGCGCAGCGUUGAUCAAAACAAACACCCUCAGCUCGGCGUUUCGAGAAUUUUUUCACACGCAUUCUAGUCUAGUUUCAGCAAACAAUUUCGGGAAAUUUCUGUAAUCGUCUACCUUACGAGCAGAGUCUACAUUUUCGCGGUGUGAGCUGCCCAAUAAACAAACUAUAACUGCAAACUGAAAAAAAUUGAUGUAACCUCUGCUCGCAGGGUACAGUAAUCGUCCAUCGAUUCAUCGUGGCCCCUGUUUAAGCAAAUCGAGAUUUUUUUUCUGGUAUACUAACUACAUGUUGUAACUGUAAGUAAGUACUUUCCUAUAUAUACGCGCGCGCUAGUAGGAAAACGUGCAUGUAGUAUCAGGGUGGAUCCUUUAAUUGAGUAAUAUUCUUGUCAUUUCAAAGGCGCCCAACAAGUGAACGUGUUAGGCCCAUGAACCUUUUUUGAAGGAGAGAACUCACUAAACGUUUUAAAGUAAAAAACGGCCUUAUUCCAAAAGGUCCAUAUUAAACAGUGAAACAAAAAUUGGCAGCUAAGAUAGAGUUUCACUAGGAAAAAUAUCACUUAAAAUAUUAUUAAAAACAUGCCAAACUAAGAAUAUCCACUAAAUUGAAGUUAGGUAAAAUAUUACUUUGAAAUUAACUGAGUCUGCUCAUAUCAUAAUGCUGCUCAUGCUUCAAUCGCACAAUCCAACGUACAAUAACAAAAACAAAACAUGAUGACUAAUAUCUUUUAAUUUCUUUGGGGUGAUAUUUAACCGAGAACUUUUCAACGUUCCGGGCCGUUUUGGCAGAUGCUAAGAAAUUCAAUGCAAUUAGUGGCUAGCUGUAUUAAAGGCAAUUAGAGUUAACAAAUGAAACUGAAACUGAAGGGAAGUCAAAAUUAAUGAGCAUGUUUUAAUUUUGCUGGCUGUUAAUGUUAGCUUCGAAAAUUAAUUUACACGACAACUAAUAAAAGAACGUGUCAAACGGAACUGAUUGGGUUGCCAGUUCGUGACAUCUCAGCCUUAAAUUAAGACGAGAAUCGAGAAGGGUAGCAUUCUGACAAAUGCACCCGGCAUGGCUGGUUGUUGCUUUGCUGUUCAAGCACUCUUCUUGGCCUGUGUUCUCUGGGGAGCUUGGCUAAGCUGCAUUGCUAGUGCAAAUCAAGGUAUGACUAAAGCCAGUUGUUAACAUAUGCACACACCAUACAUUCACCUUCAUUCUCGUUUUGCUACUAAGUGUAAUAUUUUCAAAAAAACCUUUAAGGAGGACUUUUUCAAUUUUGUUCAUAAACAAGACCUUACACUUUACUAAACUUACAGCUUACUAUUAUAACCUUCGCUGCCUCCCAUUUGCAAAAAAGUUCAAACUGAACAUGGGAGAGCACUACACAGUCUAUGCUAAGCAAAACGAACCAGUCAGGUCCCAUGAUUUUUGGCUGAAGUUGUUGAUACAGUAUUACUUAUAAUGUCAGUGCCCUAAAAACAAAAAGUAUAAGAGAAAAAGCCAAGGCGGGCUAGAUUACGAUGUAGUGUACGAUCGAUAGCUUCUGACCAUUUCACAGAUACUCCAUUUUAGUUCCAAAGUUUUUUAAAUUUCAUUGUGAAAUAUUUAGCUGCUUAACAUUCAUGGUAACCUGUUCUUGUUGUUGUUGCUGUUGGUGGUGUUAUGUUUUUGUCCAGCAAGCAGUCUGCAAAGGAUCGGUUAUUCAUUUAUAAACGAUCACGGUCGAGGAGCGUGGGAGAACGAAAGAGUGCAUUGAUGUUUUUUUAACGUCUUCUCUGAAUUAACGUGAGUGAAAUUAGUAGUGGAAUAUAAUUAAAAAAAGACUAAGUGGUUGAGACGCUCUGCGUUCAGUUGAUCUUACAAGUGUGGUGGGUGAGGGCGACCUUGAAAGCUGCUGGCAAACCUGGACAGACCUAUUUCUUGCUGCGGUAAAAGACAAUAUUCCAACCAAGCGAUUGAGAGGUCGAAACCCUGUGCCCUGCCUCACAGGUGCCGUUAUCAAUCUUAUCAAGAAAGAGGAAACCGUACGCAAGAAACUAAAAUUGCACCCGUCGGAGUCACUAAAAUCCAAAUUUCAAACUCUGCGUUCACAAGUAAAGCGCGCGAUCAAAGAAAGCAGGGAAGAGUUCUUUGAGUCUGCUAACAUCGAGUUCAAGAUCAAUCACGUCUCUGGUCAGUAUUAACAACUCGCUCAAAGUCGCACAACAUACCACAAAGUGUCUCCAUGGCAACUGGUAACCUAUGUGCAACCGCUGACACGCCAGAAGAAAUCGCAGACAUUUUUAAUAACUAUUUCACUUCAGUGUUCUCCGUUCUUCAAGAGGACAAAGUAGAUAAAGGCGCAGGGAAAUUCCCUGCCGCAGACCCCCCUCCCCCCCUUUAGCGAUAUUGUGUUGCACGUCGGCGAACUUGAGGCUGUCCUAAAAUCACUAGACCCAAACAAAGCCACUGGUCCAGAUGAGAUCUCGGCAAGAAUCCUAAAGAAAACCGCGACUACUAUUGCUCCAUUACUAUGCAAGCUGUUCAACAGGUCUCUGGGGGAAGGCUACAUACCGUCUGAGUGAAAAUUGGCCAAUGUAGUGCCUGUCUAUAAGAAGGAUGAAAACGAUCAUGUUGAAAACUAUAGGCCUAUCUCCCUACUUUGCAUUAUUUCUAAAGUCAUCGAACGCUGUGUCUUGAAUCGCAUCAAUGACCGAUUAGAAGAUCUGAUUGCGGACUGUCGGCACGGGUUUCGGAGUGGACACUUAUGUGUCACAAAUCUACUAGAGACCCUAGAUUACAUCGGUGCUGUUCUUGAUAGAGCUGGUCAAGUAGAUUGUGUGUAUUUACACAUGUCCAAAGCCUUUGAUAAGGUUAGACAUGACCUCCUUAUGGAAAAACUGCGGGAUGCUGGCUUCGGAGGGAUCCUGCUCACAUGAUUUCACGCGUAUCUCUGUGGCAGGCGCCAACGCGUCACCGUACUAGAAGCGACAUCACGCGAUCUACCUGUCACCUCUGGAGUCCCUCAGAGUUCAAUACUCGGACCUGCUCUUUUCUUGUUAUAUGUGAACAACCUUCAGAUUCUACCCUCAAUAGCAAAGUGGCAAUGUUUGCAGAUGACACUAAAGUAUACAAGGUAGUGAUGUCUGAGGAUGAUGGCGCCGCUCUCCAACAAGAUCUGGAUAAUCUGUCUUCAUGGUCCGCUGCCUCUGGCCUAGCCUUCAAUGAUAAGAAAUGCAAGCUUCAGACCAUUACGAGGAAGCGCAAGCCCAUCUGUACGAGCUACGAGGUUAACGGCAGUACCAUCAAGUCCUGUGACGUAGAGCGUGACCUUGGCAUCUCCUUGGACUGUGACUUGACUUGACACGCCCAAGUCUCUCACCAAGCUGCACAAGUUGUUAGGUUUCGUUAGGAGGAACUCUAGGUUUAUUCACAGUACUUCCGUAAGGCGCACAUUGUACCCCGAGCUUGUUCGUGCUCAUCUUGGCUACGCAACCCAGAUCUGGGCGCACCAAGGCAUUGAACUAAUUUCUAAACUUGAAAGUAUCCAAAGACGUGCCAUCAAAUUCUUUCUUUGCUUGCCUUUUUUAACAAAUAUCUCUUACAAAGAAAGACUAAUGUCUGUAAACCUACUUCCAGUGUGCUACUGGCACGAGUUACUAGAUCUAGUAUACUUUUACAAGGCUACGCAUAAUAUGAUUCACUUAGAUCCGUCUGUUGUUCCCUACGUCAGAGAAUGCGCGCGAAGGACCCGUAUAUCUGUAACGAGCUGUCAAUCUUUUGUGCCUAAAAAAUGCAGGACUGCUACCUUUCAGAAAUCUUUUUUCAAUUGAACCACUAGAAUCUGGAACCUGCCUAUUACUAGACUUGACCUAGAUAAUGUUACUUUUGAGAACUUUAAAUCUGUUCUUUACCGUUAUUGCUCGCGGGUUCUAGCAAUAAACUAUGGCCCGGACUCUCCAAGGGGCUUCAAAAGUAUUUGCUUGAAAUGUAACACAGCCAGGUUUUUAGACCAAGAAAUUAGCUGCUGCAUGUGAUUUAAAUUGCUCCUUUAUAUCCUUUUAUUUUUUGGGUCCGCAGUAAUUGGCUUUAGCUGUUGCGGUGUCCCUGCCCAAAUAUUUAAGUUAUUAUUAGUGUAUUGUUACGUUCUUAUAACUAGUAUUUGCAUAUCUUCAGCGUCUUUUUUUUUUCUGUAUUCUUCAGGGCAAAGCUAAUAAAAUAAAUAAAAUAAAAUAGACGUUAACAUUGCUAUUUUUUUUUAAUGUAUCUUUUAGAUAUCUGUGGCCACAUUCGGUAUUUGAAGUUUUUUGAUCGGGAGUAUGGCCUUUAUAUGUAUCUUCAAGGCCACACCUUUUUAAACCUUUCCAUUGGAGCAAGCAAAUCUUGCGAAACGGAAUGUCUUUACCGGAGAGAGUGCGUGGCAAUCAACAUUGGUCCAGCAAUUAAUGAUAUGAGGGUCUGUGAGUUGUGUAACUCAGAUCACAUACAGCAUCCAAAUGAUUUAAAACCAAGAGCAGGUUGGACGUAUAAAGGUACACAGGUAGGGCGAAUUUCACUGGAAUAAAUUAAUCACGGCAAUGGUUGUGAAUUAUCUUGUGGUAAGCGUUUAACUGUUCAUAGCCCAAAAAGUGAAGUUUUAGCUAUGGAAGUGAUGAUGACAAUGACGAUCAAAAGAUAGUGAUGACGACCCUUGGGUGUCAGAGACUUUUCAUAUGCGGCUUCCUGUUUCGGUUAACUGUUAUAGUGACCGCUCGUGUCUUGGGUUCUCUCCCGAAGACUGCACUUGCCCGUCUUCCCUCCAGACAGGGGGAACCAACCAAAACGGGCUUUUACAAAGUCUAGCCAAAGAUCUGUCGAGCGGCGAUGAAGAAGACAUAAAAUAAUGAUGAGAAUGGUAAUAGGGAGCAUUGACUACUUGCAGUCUCUAAGGAUUGUCGCGCGUACGAGAAUGUUACGUGUGAGCGAGCGUGCGAGGCCAACACGCAAGGAGGAAGACGGAAAAGGACAAGCCUCUCUCCAGUUCCCUUCUCGAGGGUCUGAAUGGGGGGGUACCUAGAUAAAAUUAAACACUUCAUUUUUUGGCUUUGUAACAUGAAAUGGUUAAAUUUUAGGCAUUUUAACACUAACAAUAAAGAUUCUUUGAAACUAAUUUUUUCCCAGAUAGAAGCAAAAACGGCUCCAAAAGGCCAAUAUUAUUUUUUAGGAUAUCAAGGAGUUUUUGGCCAUUUCACGACAAUUCCUGAUUAUUUCAGAAGAUUUCCGAAGACUAACGAAGAGGUCCGAUCAUUGCCGAAGAUGUCCGAUGAACCCUCCAAACACUUGACAGUAUUUCUUCGGAAACAGUAAACAUUAAAAAAUUGGCUAAUUUAACAGCAAACACUCAAAAUUAUGGGCAAAUAACACCAAACAUUAAACCCCAUUCAGACCCUCCUUUUCGAUUGAUUCGCUCUCUCGAGCUCUGCCAAGUCUCGAUUUGACAGACUGAAAAGGGAACUGCUCGAAGUCUACAAUAUAAUAUUAAAAUUUAAUGAAAUCUAAAUUACGCUUUCAUUUUCACUAGAAUAUUUGUGCCUACAAACCUUGCUUGAACAAUGCAAAGUGUUUCCUUGGAUAUACGGAUAAGGGGUUUCUUUGCGAAUGCCAGUCUGGUUACACGGGAGAACUCUGCGAAACAGGUAAUUAUGUGGCCAGCAAACGCAGACAUAUUCAGUCCUGUUUUCGCUUGACUGCGCCGCAAAGAAUACAUUUCGGGCAGAAACAAACUGGAAAUACGUCUACGUCUACGUCUCUCAUACACGGAAUCGCCAGCUGGCUCGCCGGCUGUUGCUUCGAGAUGGUUAGAAAAACGAAAGUGUAUCCUACCCAGAAAUAGAGAACAAGUGAAUGUUGCUUAAUAAGAAAUAAUCAACGUUGUCAGGGUUAAAAAAACAUCUGUGCCCCCCCACCCGUGAAGUUCCGCUUUGAGGUCCAGCUCCUUACCUUUCUAUAUAUUUCUUUUGAGAGAAAAGAUAGCCCUCCCUUACCCAUGAGUACCUUCCAUUGACAAAUGGUACCCCUUUCAAAUACCUAUUUUAGAACUUUGCAUUACUUUUAGCUGCUGUAAAUGUACUGUCUUUAAACUGUGAAUAAAUCACAAAACUGGCCAGGAAAUUUUGUCGACUUUUUCACAGCCAUAAAAUCCUUCUGUCAGCCCUUUUAGGUCCUUUUACAGACCGAAAUGACACAGAUUUCUCUACCCUCUCUUAUACUUCAACUAUUGAAAUCCCAACCCUUUCAUACACCUGAACUCUGGAAAAGGUACCUUUUUCGCAAUUCGGGCGAAGCUUCCCCGUAUAAGCCAUUACAGGGGGUACCCCCCGGGAUUUAUGUUGCUCUUCUCGCAAUGAGUGAAACAAUCAGUCUUCCCUUAAGCAAUCAGCAUGCUACAAACUUGAUUAUUUUCUUGCGUUGAAUGUCGGCAAUGGUUUAUAUACGAUGUACGAGGUUGGUGGCUAAUUGAUCCGAUAUUGUUUUCUUUUCUUUUUUUAGACCUGGACGAAUGCAAGGAUAAAACUCAUCAGUGUGACGUAAAGGUGAACUGUACCAACAUUCCUGGCUCAUAUAACUGCACGUGCAGGCCUGGCUACACAGGAAAUGGGAGCAUUUGUAAAGGUAAAACUUGCUGAUAAAUAUCAUAAUAAGACUUAUUUAUAUUCAUUUCUUGUUUUUUUCGUUUCCUUACUCAGACAUCGAUGAAUGCGAAAAGCGAAGCCACGAUUGUCACAAAAAUGCGAACUGUACCAACAUUCCUGGCUCAUAUAACUGCACGUGCAGGCCUGGCUACACAGGAAAUGGGAGCAUUUGUAAUGGUAUAAUUAACUAUCCAAACCUUCUCUUCAUUUUUCUGCAAAUAAUUUAGUUUUCUCAGUAACUUAACAUUUUACUCCCUCCAGAAAUUGAUGAAUUCAAGGAUGGAAGUAAAUAUGCGUAGCAGGCGCAGGGAAGUAUUUGGGAGCAAGAAAAAAACGGGUGGUGUCCCCUGCUUUCUUGCGCUUACUACUUCCAAGGGCCUGUACCAACAUUCCUGGUUCUUUCAACUGCAUAUGCAGGCAUGGCUACCAAGGCAGUGGGAGCAUUUGUAAUAGUAAAACUUGCUGAUAAGUGUCGUGAUCAGAUUUAAUUUAUAUUUAUUUCUUUUUUCUUUUUCUUAUUCAGACAUCGAUGAAUGCGAAAAGGGAAGCCAUGAUUGCCACAUGAAUGCGAAUUGUACAAACACACCCGGCUCUUAUAACUGCACAUGCAGGCCUGGAUACACAGGCAAUGGGAGCAUUUGUAAAGGUAAAAAUUUGCCGGUUAAUUUUUGUGAUGCGCCUUUAAAGAGUCAGGACUCAUAGCUCCCUUUGGUAGUACUCCCUUUGAUACUCUUUCCAUAGUUAUUCUUACACUUAAAACCAAGAUGGUCACCUGUUACAGACUUGAACAAUGAAAAGUGUUUUUUUGGAUAUACGGACAAGAAGUUCUUUUGCGAAUGCCUGCAGUCUGGGAUAGAAAACAUCUGUGCCCCCCGGGGUAGGAGGAAUUCCGCAGCAAAGUUUUAUCUUGUAAAGCUCCGCCUUGAGGUCAAGCUCCUUACCUUUCUAUAUAUUUCUUUUGAGAGAAAAGGUACCCUGACGUCCCUUACACAGUACCUUCAAUUGGCAAAUGGUACCCCUUUCAAAUACCUAAUUUGGAACUUUACAUUACUUUUAGCUGCCGUAAAAGCACUGUCGUUAAACUGUGAAUAAAUCAGAAAACCAGGAAAAUGUCUCGACCUUUUCACAGCCAUAAAAUCCUUCUGUUAGCCCUUUUAGGUCUUUUUACAGACUAAAAUGACACAGAUUUCCCUAUCCUCUCAUAUACUUCAACCACACCUGAAGCCUGGAAAAGGUACCCAUUUCGCAAUUCGGCCGGAGCUUCCCCGUAUAGGUCAUUGUAGGGGGUUUCCCCCGGAUUUAUGCUUGUUUUCUUGUUUUUUUUUUUAUAUUACACCUGGACGAAUGCAAGGAUAAAACUCAUCAGUGUGAUGUAAAUGCGAACUGUACCAACAUUCCGGGCUUAUAUAACCUGAGAUCAGGCUCUAUUUUCGUUUCGCUUUGAAAAUUACAUUUCGGAGGGCAAGACGAAACGAAAAGAGAGCCUGAUACCAACCUUCCACGAAAUGUCUGCCGCCCACUUUUUUGAUUGAUUGACAUUUGCCGAAUCAGCCAAUCAGAAUUACUUCCGUUGCUUGUUUUUCUAGUAUGCAAAUUUUUCACGCGUGGGAAAAAUGCAGACUGGCUGACUUAAAAAAUAGCUUUUGUCUGUUAAUCAAAAUGCAUCUUGUUAGCGGUCAACAACUUGCAGAGGGAUUCAACUCCGCGAUACACUCACUUUCCGUAAAUAAAGCAAAUCCUGAGAAGAUAUGAACAACCAUAUGAAUUUUCUGAAUUUCCAUGGCACAUAUUAAGGCAUAUUUUCGUACCAUAAGACCAUAAAACAAUAAAAAGACAGCAAAAUCGAUCCAUCUCUCCACCGACGACGGAUCAUUCACGAAAACAACCACGCGAGGAAUAAGUGCUUUCAACUUCCGGCGUUUCCGACAGCCAAUCAGAUCUUGUGGCAUUGUUCUAACAGCCAAUCAGCGUUACGGCCAAAAUCUGACCGUAACGAGCACAAACUUGUAAUAGAUUAUAUCAGGCCCAAUUUCAGCGGUAGCCGUUAGAGAGAAUGUAUGAGAACCGCUCAAAUUGGGCCUGAUCUCAGGUUAGGGCUCAUAUACUGCACGUGCAGGCCUGGCUACACAGGAAAUGGGAGCAUUUGUAAUUAGCUACCCAAGCCUUCACUUCUUGUUCCUGCAAGUAUAUAGUUAUGUUAUCGUUGUAACUUAAUAUUUUCUACUCCCUCCAGAAAUUGAUGAAUGCAAGGAUGGAAGCCAUGAUUGUCACAUAAAUGCCAACUGUACCAACAUUCCUGGAUCUUACAACUGCACGUGCAGGCCUGGCUAUCAAGGCAAUGGGAGCAUUUGUAAAGGUAAAACUUGCUGAUAAAUGUCAUAAUAAGACUUAAUUUAUAUUCAUUUCUUGUUUUUUUCGUUUCCUUACUCAGACAUCGAUGAAUGCGAAAAAGGAAGCCAUGAUUGUCACAAAAAUGCGAAUUGUACAAACACAGCUGGCUCUUACAACUGCACGUGCAGGCCUGGCUACACAGGCAAUGGGAGCAUCUGUGAAGGUAAAAAUUUGGGAAGACCUUAGAUAACAUUGAUCUUAACCAGGUUCUGGCGUCCAGCGGUUUAAGAGAAAACAAGAAUUUAGGUGCCGGUGGGGUGCUCAGUCUCGCGGGCUCAUAUAACCUGGUCUCAGUCAUUCUUAUUCAAAAAUUUUCAAACAUUUUCCGAUUAAUUUUUUUUAUGACGCGCCUUUAUAGAGUCGGGGCUUACAGCUCCCUUUGAUACUCUUUCCCUAGUUAUACUUACACUUAAAACCAUGAAGAUGAUCACUUAACUGUUACAGCAGUAAGCGCUCGAUCGCAACGAUCUUACGGAAGCAGUCUUUGAACUGCUCCUUGAACUUCAUCUUUUUAAAAUUUCUGUGAUUCCAAUGUAGGAGGUAGGUUUAUGUGUAAUUCUGGCAUUUUGUUUUUUCAGAUGUUGAUGAAUGUGCUGACAACUUACAUGACUGCGACGCUAAUGCAAACUGUACAAACAUCCCGGGAUCCUAUCGCUGUGUUUGUAACCCACCAUAUAAUGGAUAUCGGAAAAAGUGCAUUAAAACACGUGAGUGUAGCAUUAAGCCCAGAAAUAUAAAAUGA